GAUCAUAUGUCUCACUGAGAAGCAUGUCUGAUCAUAUGUCUCAUUGAGAAGCAUGUCUGAUCAUAUGUCUCAUUGAGAAGCAUGUCUGAUCAUAUGUCUCAUGUAUCACUAAGAAGCAUGUCUGAUCAUAUGUCUCAUGUCUCACUGAGAAACAUGUCUGAUCAUCUCUGGCUCCUCUAUUUUCAGCUGAUUUUGGUCACAUAAUCUUCCUUGUGGGUGUGAACUGAAUAUCAAAUCACACCAUUUCAAUUCACGAAGGACAAUUCCGUAGUCUUUGAAUAUUAAUGUUUCCUCCUGUGUUUCCAUGAUGUCCCAGCAGGUUUCAGUGUGUGCCUGCGCGCGGUGGCUUUUAACGGAAUCACAUAGAAAUCAAUAGCUGACGAAUAAAUGACUGGUGUUUCGGUGCCAGGGUUCCUUUUAGAAGAGUGAAGCACACUCUGGGCUGUGUGCCACUGUACACCAGACACUUCUAAUAUUAUCACACACUAGACACUUCUAAUGUUAUCACACACUAGACACUUCUAAUAUUAUCACACACUAGAAACGUCUAAUGUUAUCACACACCAGACACUUCUAAUAUUAUCACACACUAGACACUUCUAAUGUUAUCAGACACUAGACACUUCUAAUGUUAUCAGACACUAGAAACGUCUAAUAUUAUCACACACUAGACACUUCUAAUGUUAUCACACACUAGACACUUCUAAUGUUAUCACACACUAGAAACGUCUAAUGUUAUCACACACUAGACACUUCUAAUGUUAUCACACACUAGACACUUCUAAUGUUAUCACACACUAGACACUUCUAAUAUUAUCACACACUAGACACUUCUAAUGUUAUCAGACACUAGACACUUCUAAUGUUAUCAGACACUAGAAACGUCUAAUAUUAUCACACACUAGACACUUCUAAUAUUAUCACACACUAGAAACGUCUAAUGUUAUCACACACUAGACACUUCUAAUGUUAUCACACACUAGACACUUCUAAUAUUAUCAGACACUAGACACUUCUAAUGUUAUCAGACACUAGACACUUCUAAUGUUAUCAGACACUAGAAACGUCUAAUAUUAUCACACACUAGACACUUCUAAUGUUAUCACACACUAGACACUUCUAAUGUUAUCACACACUAGACACUUGUAAUAUUAUCAGACACUAGAAACGUCUAAUGUUAUCACACACUAGACACUUCUAAUGUUAUCACACACUAGAAACGUCUAAUAUUAUCAGACAUACUCAACCACCUCCACCUGACUGUGACAUGUUCAACACACCCUGGUUUACAGUGGCUGAUAAAUGUAUACCAGUUGGGCCAUGUUAAUGCUUUUGGUGGGACAGAGCAAAAACAAGAUGAAAGCUAAGUUUCUCAGGUCCAGUAUCAUCAUACACAACGCUGUUACAGUAGGCCUACAGCAUUCAGAUUGUCCUCCACUACCAUCCCUGCACAGACAUGGUACCAACCCCAGCAUGGGCAUUGCAUGCUGUACUGUACACUACCUGUCUCUCUGCCAAGAAACCACCUGUGUGCUAACAAUGACUCACCCAGGGUGCCCACGGCCAUAUGGGCCCUGGUCAAAAGCAGUGCACUAUAUAGGGAAUAGGGUGCUUUUAGGACAUAGGCUGAGCUGUGUGACAGAAUUCAUAUUUUAGUAUAAAUGUUUUAUAGUAUUGCCAUGACACGUUCUGUAUUUCUGAACAUUCACAUUCGCCUAUCAUAUGACACAGAAUGUGUGACAAAUAGAAGAUAAUUUAUUAUAUUUGUAUAUGCUAACGCAUAGGUGUUAGGGCUACCGUUAAACAAUAUCUAGUCUUCAACCGUUUUCAAAACCGAUAGGCUCGCAGAAAUCGUUGGAGCGUCUCUGUCGAGCGGCCUGGUGCAAACACGACCGGUUAGUUGUAGUGUAAAUGGGAGUGUCUGAAAGUGAAAGGGAGAACUGAAUGAAACAGAAAAGAUGAGCUCUGCCUCUGUGGAAGCAACCCGAGCAGACGGAGCAAUAGACUAUUAUUGUCGUCAACACAUUUAGCCGCCGCAUAGGAUAUGUCGACAGGCAGCUAUUAUUUGUCCUUUGCAUAUGCAUUUUUUUGUAUCGAUUUGUGUUAGUGAUUACAUUGUCCGGUUUAAAUUCUAACGCUUUAUUUUAGCAUGAGUCCGGGAGAACGGUUAACCCGAUUUAAUCUGAGUUCUGUAUAUUCCCGUUUGAGUCUGUAUUUGAUUGUCGUUAUAUGCUGUGUUGGGUCUUUUAUAUCCGAUCAAAACGCUGCUGCCGAGGAGCAGAGAUGGAGCCCUCAGGAGAACAACAACAGGAUAGAACACCUAGAGAGCUAUGAGAUUACAUAUCCACACUGGCUGCAGCCUGCAAGACACAGGAGGUCCGUCCAUGGAGAGAAGCACCCGUCUGAGGCAGAGGUCCUCAUCACAGCUGAGGGAGAGGAGAUGACCCUCCGUCUGUACAGGAAUGAGCAGUUAUUGGCCCCCGGAUAUCAGGAGAUAUGGUACAGUCCCAGCGGUUCCCGCCAGACCUCCUAUCCACCCAGCACUGGCCACUGUUUCUACCAUGGUGAUGUCCGGGGUGUGGAGGGGUCCAGUGUAGCACUCAGCACCUGCUCAGGUCUCAGGGGACUGGUUACGGUGAACACCAGUGUCAGCUACCUGAUAGAACCCCUGCCCGCUAUCACCAUGGAUACACAGCCUCCUCACGCUGUGUUCCGAGCCGAGAACCUCCGUUUGCCCAACGGAACCUGCGGGCAACGCCAUAGCAACCAAGGCCAGGGGGAGGGGCUGGGUGACCUCAUCCAGGGAAUGAUGUCACCGUGGGGCAGAAGGGAGCGGAGAGACGUGGGCCAGAGUAUGAAGUAUGUAGAGCUGCUGCUGGUAGCUGACCAUGCUGAGUUUCAGAAGCACGGCGGGGACUUAAAAAGGACGAAAAGGAAACUGCUGGAGGCGGCUAACUACGUAGACAAGUACUACAAGUCUCUAAGUAUUCGUGUGGCAGUGAUCGGUCUGGAGGUGUGGUCUGAUCAGGACAGGAUCAGUGUGUCUGGUAACCCCUACAGUACCCUGGGAGCGUUCCUGGCUUGGAGACGCAAACAGCUACACACACUACCUAACGACAACGCUCAACUCAUCACGGGCAUGGCGUUUCAGGGCACCACCAUUGGGCUGGCCCCUCUCAGAGCCAUGUGCUCAGAGUACCAGUCAGGGGGAGUCAACUCAGACCACUCUGACAGUGCUGUGGGCGUGGCAGCGACCAUGGCCCACGAGAUGGGGCAUAACUUUGGCAUGAGCCACGACAGCCCUGGGUGCUGCCAGGCCAAGGCUGAUGAUGGAGGCUGCAUCAUGGCUGCUGCCACUGGCCACCCAUUCCCACGUGUGUUUAAUGGCUGUAACCAUCGGGAGCUGAGCAGGUAUCUGAGCUCUGGAGGGGGGAAGUGUCUGUUCAACCUCCCCAACACCAGAGCCAUGCACGGGGGACAGCGCUGUGGGAACGGGUACCUGGAGGAUGGAGAGGAGUGUGACUGUGGAGAUGAGGAGGAGUGUUCCAGUCCCUGCUGUAAUGCCAACAACUGUACUCUGAAGGCUGGAGCAGAGUGUUCCCACGGAGUCUGCUGUCACAACUGUAAGUUGAAGAGUCCAGGUGUGUUGUGUCGUACUCCAUCCGGGUCAUGUGACCUUCCUGAGUACUGUGAUGGGAAGGCGGAGUCUUGUCCUUCUAACUUAUACCUGGUGGAUGGUACUUCCUGUGCAGGGGGGCAGGCCUACUGCUACACCGGCAUGUGUCUCACCCUGGAGCAGCAGUGUCAAUCACUCUGGGGGCGGGAUGGCCGUGCUGCUCCAGACCUGUGCUUUCAGAAGGUGAACGAGGCAGGAGACUCCUUUGGGAACUGUGGCAAAGACCUGCUGGGUAAAUACAGAGGAUGCAGAGACAGGGAUGCUAGAUGUGGUAAGAUCCAGUGUGUGAGUUCAGCCUCCAAGCCCCUGGAGACUAACGCUGUUCCCAUUGACACCACGGUCCGGGUGGGUAAUGGGAAGGUCCUCUGUAGGGGGACACACGUUUACCGACCAGGCCAGGGGGACGAGGAACAGGGGGACACACUGGACCCGGGACUGGUCAUGACUGGGACCAAGUGUGGAGAGGACUCGAUCUGUUUCGGAGGAGAGUGCCGCAACGCGUCUUUCCUGAGAGCGGAUGAGUGCAAUGCCAAGUGCCACGGCCAUGGGCUGUGUAACAACAAUCACCACUGCCACUGUGACUCAGGCUGGGCCCCUCCCCUGUGUGACCAGGAGGGGACAGGAGGGAGUGUCGACAGUGGCCCUGUCAUUAACCACAGCAGUAUACGUCCUGUCCUGUUGCUCCUCCCCUUGGUUCUCUUUGUCCUAUUGGCUGCUGUGGGACUGUGGUGCUGCUACAGCCAUAAACUACAUAAAAACGUUCCUCUGAAGACCUCGGUCCCACCACCCAAGACAAUUUGUCCAGUCAGAUGUUCAGUCUCUGCUGAAGCCAAACAUCUACAAGCCAACAGUCUUGCCAAUGGUCACCUUGCCAACAGUCUUGCCAACAGCCAUGGCAACCCUACCUUCCUACUGACGAGACAUGGCUCAGACAGGCUGAGUCCGUCCACACCUUGUCCCAGCCUCUCCACCAGGCACCCUGUCUUCUGUCCCACAGUUCAACCCCCUCCUUACAUAGCCCAGCAGAGACAGGCUCUAUCCCAGUCCCAUCCCCAACCCUCCCUCCAGCCCCAGCCCCAACCCUCCCUCCAGCCCCAGCCCCAACCAUCCCUCCAGCCCAAGCCCCAACCCUCCCUCCAGCCCAAGCCCCAACCAUCCCUCCAGCCCAAGGCCCAACCCUCCCUCCAGCCCCAUCCCCAACCCUCUCUCCAGCCCCAUCCCCAACCCUCUCUCCAGCCCCAGCCCCAACCCUCUCUCCAGCCUCUGCCGCAGCCGCAGCCCAAGCCUAAACCUCCUCCCAUCCCCAGCCACCUAGCCCAGCAGAAAGGACCCCUACAGGCCAUUCCUCCAGCCAUCAAGCCCCCCAGCCCCCAGUCCUCCCCCUCAACACCUCACACACACAGACCUGACCCUCCCAACAGACCCCCACCCCCCUGCCCGCUCUCCAAACCCCAAAUAACAUCAGAUGUGUUACAGAGAGGAAAGUCCAAUCUGGCGCCACCUGGUGGACAGAAGAAACCCAGCAGAUCCCAAAACAUGAUCUCAGGGAGGAGAUGAGGACCAACACUGGAACCCUGAGCUCAGUGAGAUUACUGGACAUCUAACUGGGUAUCUCUUCUCUCUCUCUGUGAGCUGGAUGUUUUUCCACCUGUGUCCAAAGAAGACCGUCAGCCUUUAUGAAGAACAUGACACUGUGGGAAAGGAGAGAGAAGGGCCACAGCUGGACACACAGGGUCUUAGUCCAAAAUGGCAACCUAAAAGUACUACACUAUAUAGGGAAUAUGGUUCCAUUUCAGAUCUGUCCAGGGAAGCCUCCUCUGUUGGCCCAUCUCAGUGUUUUUAUUUCAUUCCAUCAACAAAGACAAAGGAGUUGCCUGAUUAAGAAACAUCUCUGGCUACUAGGCUAGAUGCCAGGCUAUGUCUUGCCUUACCUCUUGAAACCAGGUGUCCUGUAUACUUGUAAUAUUUAAGACUGGACUUUAUCGAUUCAUUUAGUUCUUGUGGAUGCUACCUUAUACCAUGGGUUAACAGUAUCAUGUAUUGAUAUGCUGUUUCAGGUGUAUUUAUUUGCAAAGCUUCAGAGCAAAGAAACUGGUGUUUAAAGUCAAUGUACUGUAUAUGGUUUCUACAGGAGCAUGAGUCUAAAGCGAACGUCUUAUAUUACGACAACGCCACGCACAGAAUGAUGCUUAAUGCUUCUAGUAUGUGAAUAAACGAUAGGCUGGCCUAAGACGAGGGACAUCUCAAAUGUUGCAGUAACUAUUAGAAAAGUAUAUAUUGUUUUGGUAAGACUUUGUGUUUUUUUUAUGUUUUGUAUAUUGUACUGUUUUUGUUGUGUUGGGUGCUAAAUUCAGGUCUUCUGACUGACUGAAUGAAUGUAUAUUUGUACACCUUGAAGGUUAAUUGUUCCUGUAUAACUACCUACAAGUAUGUUAUCUUUUGAAAUGUGAUGCAUAGGACAGCAGAAUCAACCCAGUUAUAGUCAAGCCCCUAAAAUCUAUGUAUAUAAAAUAAUCCGAUUUUCUUUUGAUUUAUUGUUGAAAUUCACCAUCUACCAUCGGACCUAUGCAAACAGUGUGCCUUCAGUUUGGUUUUAAAUAAACUGUUUCAAAACAGGAUUACAAGAAGAA